AUGCCUCCUAAAAAGAAAGGGAAAGGGCCUGCGAGAGCGGCUUCAUCGCCAGCUGCAGCAGACGACGACGCAAUGGCCAUAGACAGCCCACAAUCGCACCGCGCUGAAGGCUCCCCUCAGCCAAAAUACAAUAUUCUGAAAGACCCUUGGACGGACGAUCAGGAGACGUCGCUGUUCAAAGGGAUUAUAAGAUGGAAACCAGCUGGCAUGCACAAGCACUUCCGUAUGAUCGCAUUGUCCGAAAACCUACGAAAUCAUGGCUACGAUCCCGCAAUCGAAACGCACACGCGCAUACCAGGAAUAUGGGAGAAACUACGGACGCAAUAUAAUCUAGAUAUUAUCGAUGAGCGGGAAAACUCUUUUGACUACGAGGAUGGGGACGACAAGUUUCUUGAGUUCAAGCUGCCAGAAGACUACGAGGAGACCAUGCAUAUGAGGGGAAUGCGCAGCGCAAGUGAAGCCCCGUCAUCGCCUCCACGGCUUCAUCGAUCCCCAUCACCACAGGUCGUGAGGAAGCGAAAGCGUGGUGAUACCCUCACGCAGAAGCGGAGGGCUAGCACAGUUGAGGAUACCGAUGAGCCAAAAACAUCCCCCGCAACUUCACCAACGCCGAAGACAGCUCGAGCAGGAAGAAGCGCACAUAGAUUAGUGGGAAGGGUCAAAGCAGAUUCCAGCUCCAGGCAGCCAAGCAAAGAUACGACGAUGGACGAGGCAGAGGUCGAGGAAGAGACGGAGGAAGGCGGUGAGGAUGACGAGGCUGAAGGGGAAGAAGAAGAUAGGUCGCCCUCCCCAGAAGCCUCGAAACCCGCCUCGAGGAAGAAACCGGAGCCGCCACCGAAAGCACAGGGUGCUUCUCGGAAGAGCAAAAGAAAGAGAUAG